GACGAUACAUUACCGGAGGACAGAGAGAGCUUAUUUGUAGUGCUAUCGAGUGUAACAUUUCUCCCAGCAAAUCAUUCUGCUCCAGUUCCAAACUCUCCAAGGCUUGGAGCAACUGACCUGUCUUAUGGAGAAAUUAUCAUCUUGCCAAACGACCAUGCCAAUGGCGUUCUGGAACUUGAUAAGAGAAGUGUUACAGUAUCAGAAGAAAUGGGUGGUCAUGGUAUUGUUAAAGUAAUUCGGAAAGGAGGAAGUUUUGGUCAGGUGAGUGUGAAGUUUCUGGUUACCCAGGGAAAUGCAACGCAAGGUUUAGACUACAGCGUUGCUUCCUCGGAGGUGGUCUUCUACAGUGGUGACACCGAAAAGGAAGUCCCUAUCGUGAUUAUCAAUGACGUUGCUCCUGAGUUGGCAGAAACUUUCACAAUCACGUUGACUAACCAGACAACGGGAGGUGCUGUAGUUGGGUCAGUGAGGGAGACAGAGGUCGUGAUAGAUGAGUCUGAUGAUCCACGUGGAGCCUUCAGUUUUGAGAGUGUUAGUGGUAUGUCAGAAGAGCCCGAAGCAGGCACUACAGUGUCAAUACCUAUAACUGUGAUCAGAACUGGUGGCACGCUGGGUGUUGUUGGUGUCACCUGGACAGCUUUCUUUACUGGAGGUGCAUCAAAAGCUGAUAUAAACCCAACCAGUGGCACAGUGUACUUUGUCACUAAUGAAGCUAGACAGACCUUCAAUGUUUCAAUUCUACCUGAUGACAUACCAGAAGGGCCUGAGGUUGUUGAAAUUCGCUUAAUGGAAGCAAAUAAUGAUGCACGCAUUGAGAGAUAUGCCAAUGUGUAUACGUUGACGAUCAUGGCCAACGACAACCCACAUGGGGCCGUGGAGUUUGCUAAACCUAGUUACCUGGUAGAGGAACUGGAAACAACUGACCCUCAAGAUAUUGAGCUGCAUAGAAUUGGUGGUACUUAUGGCCAGCUGAAAGUUUACUACUCGACAAAGCAGAUGGAUCUUGCAGACCUUGUAAAGCGUCAUGGAAAAAGAGAGGUGGACUAUUUCAGUGUGGAGCGUGGCUAUCCCCCAAACGGGUCGGCAAAUGUGGUGGAUGUUGGGCGAACGCCAAAACCUCUCCAGGCUAGUGAAACUGAAAACGACAUCUCUGCAUGUGCUCUUAUCUGCCUGAUAGAGAAGACAUGUAUUAUGUUUGAGCACAAAGCAGACAGUCACUUGUGUCAGUGGUAUAUCACGCCACCUGAAUCUGGGUAUGGUCAAAAAGCACAGCUUUACGUCAAGGACAAGUUUAAGACGACGCAGCUCUAUAGCGCGCAGGCGCUUUCCGACAUCGACUACCGGUCUGCGCAGAAUCACUUUAUCUACAUCAACGAGUCGGAGACGCGCGCGUCCAUCCCCGUGCACGUCAUCCCCGACGACCUGCCAGAACUCGACGAGUUGUUUACCAUCCUGCUUUCCCACGUUGAGCUUGUCGGCGGCGACUCGACCGCCGGAUUUCCGAACAAACCCGUGAUCGGCGAGAUCGCCGAGGCGACGGUUACCAUAGCGGCGAACGACGACGCGAACGGCAUCUUCCAUAUCUAUAGCAACGACCCGCGUGCGACCGACGCCGGCAGCCGCGUCUAUGUCGAGGAGAGAAGCAACUUCGCUGUUGAGCUUGUCAUCGAGAGAGGCGGUGGCAAUAUAGGUGAGGUUACAGUUGAAUGGGCUGUCAAUAAGAGCUUGACGACGGCAACUAGGAAUGUUGACUAUGUCGCUGAUGGUGCCAUCCUAAACUUUAAGCCGGGAGAGAACCAACGUGUUAUUACUAUUGGAAUUAAAGAUGAUGGGGAACCAGAGAUGGAUGAGUACAUUGUAGUAGAGGUGUCUAACCCAGGAGGUGGUGCAGCUAUUGCUGACCAAAACCAGGUCACCGUAGUCAUUAAGGCAAAUGAUCAAGUGGCAGGAUUGCUUGGCCUCUCUAAACACUCGUUAAUAGCCAGAGAAGGUGACGUGAUGAAGGUGAACAUCACUAGAACUCUACCAGCUCUAGGCAAUGUCACUGUAUACUGGCUCAUUGAGGGGCUGAGUGGUGUGCACCCUGCAUCCACCUUCAAACAGCAUCAAGGCCAUGCUUGGUUUCAAAAGGGAGCGACGUGGAAGGAGGUUACACUGGAAGUUUUGCGUGAUGACACACCGGAGGAGAAGGAGGAAUACGAACUUCUGCUGUUCAACGCCACAACUGAAGGAAUUCGUGACUCCGGUUCAGCAAACUUUGACGAGCAAGCUGACAGGACUAGUAUAACUAUUGAUGCAUCAAACUACCCCCAUGGGGUCGUCAGCUUCAGUCCCUCCUCCCAAGCUGUGAGACUCAACGAAGCAGAGCAAAACAAAUCCAUCAUCCUUACUGUACAGCGCAAGUUUGGUGCUAUUGAUUUGGCUAGUGGACAGCAGUCGAACACAAUAAAGGUUGAGAUCUUGGAUGAUGAUAUACCUGAAGUUGAUGAGGUGUUUCUGGUCAACCUGACAUCGGUAGAAUUGCUUAGCCGAUUCGCGACAUCUAUGCAACCCAGCCUUGAUCCACAGUCGUCUACAGCGCAGAUCACUAUUAGUGCCAAUGAUGGGACGCAAGGCAUGGUGCAUUUCACACCAGAGUCUAUCAAUUUGAAUGUGGAUGAGUCGGUUGGCAACGUGACACUGCACAUCUACCGCAGUCAGGGGCAUUUCGGCGAUGUAUCAGUGUUCUACUAUAGCCAGUCUGUACCACCAGAGGGAGCUAAAGCUGAUGAUGACUUUAUCGUGGCUGCACAGGAGCUGCGUUUUGCUGCUGGUGAAGGAGCCAAAGAUAUUCAGGUGCAGAUAAUUGAUGAUGAUAUAGCAGAGCCUAGUGAGACCUUUGAGAUCAUCCUAGCCUCAGCCAGCAACGGGUUGCAACUAGGGGAACCUCAUAAAGCGACGCUGACUAUACUACCCAAUGAUAAUGCAGCAGGGACGGUGAACUUUGAAAGCAGUGAUAACAUAUACAUACGGGAACCAAGUUCAGGCAAUCCAGGAGGAAGUGUUGUGGAUGUGCGCGUGAUAAGGGGACCAGGCAUCUAUGGAAACAUUCGAGUUCCAUUCCUCAUCACAGUGGUGAAUGGCAGUGACCAAGAGGGUGACCUUGACCCCAUGAAUGGCUAUAUCACCUUUGCCGACAGGGAAUCAGUUGCUGUUCUCCAAAUAAGAGCAAUACAAGACAACGUUCCAGAGAAAGAGGAGUUAUUUCGUCUAGAGCUGUUUAAACCGGAGGGUGGAGGUCAGCUUGGAACAAUGGCUAACCGCUACAUAUACAUAGCAGAAAAUGAUGCACCGCAUGGCCUUAUUGAGAUAUACCCUCACAAUGUCAGAAACAAAUCCAUCGUGUCCGUACAAGAGGAUUCCGGAACAGUGUAUGUGGAUGUAGUGCGUUCACGGGGUGUGUUAGGAAGAGUGACGGCUGUUGUCAUGACCGAGCAAGUUUCAGCUACGGGGGAAGAGGGCUCAAUGUUAAUCCUGCCCAUGAUUCAGACAUUGCCGAUGAUAACUUCUCUGCGAGUUCACAGUUUCUUUGCGCACAACUACUUGUAUGUGCUAACGCUGAGUUCCAUGGCCCGAGGUGAACCGCGUACUAGAUUACCUGGCUCAGCACUGCUGCCUGGCAUAAGGAGCUAUGGCAACGAGACCGGCAGCAUUAUGUGGCGGUGGCAAGGAACUUUCAUUCCUGCUCAGACUAUUGAAACGGAUGGUGCAAUGAGUGCGACAACAUUCAGCUUAGCUGGCAAGCUUUAUUUGGCCAUUGCUAACCAUGGUGGUAUGGGAGAUGUUGAAGUCAUAUCAAUGCUCUACCAUAUCAUGCAAAAUGGCACAUUGUCUGUGGUUCAAGAUAUAGCAUCCAAAGGCACGACUGCAAUUAGGUAUUUUUCUUCUGAUGAGAAGCACUUCCUAGUGGUAGCAAACAGCCAGGACAACUAUGGAAAUACAUUGAUAAGUAGCGAGGUCUUGCAGUGGAACAGGGACAUGCAGAAAUUCGAUCCCGUUCCAAUACAGUUCAUACCCUGCAAAGCAGCGAGUGACGCGACCAUUUUCACGACAUACGGAGAUCUCUACCUGGUCAUCACCAAUUUCUAUGAUUCACAGUGGAAUCUGUUUGAAAUUGACUCUAUGGUUUACAAGUGGGUGCCUGAACGCAACCAGUUUGAUGUUCACCAGCGGAUCCCAACUAAGGGUGCUAUUAGUGUCACCUACUUUGUGAUUGCCGGCCAGGGUCAUCUGUUGAUAGGAAAUUCACGAGAUGACUCUGAUGUGACACAACUCAACUCGACCGUUUACCGGUUUAAAAGCUCUACAAAGUUGUUUAUGCCAAUUCAGUACAUACCUACUCAUGGAGUUCAGACAGUACAUAGUUUCACAACAUACGAGACAGUUUUCGUGGUGCUGGCUUGCACGCAGUCGAAUUCGACUAUAUGGGCUUGGAACGAUGCAAAUGCAGUGUUCGAGCAUGCUGUCAACAGCAGGCCGGCGCAUGAUCUCUUCCCAGUGGCUAUAGGAUCAGGCAUUCAACAGUCUCAUCUGCUGGUGGAAUCUGGAGUGGGAAAGCUUCCUAACGUUUACCUGCUCGCCAGCAUAACCACAACUUCUGAUUUUGUACCAAGGCGAGAGACAGUCACUUUUGAGCCAGGUCAGUCAAAGGUCACUGUUGGUGUUGGCAUAGUCGAUGACACGCGGCCGGAAGGGGAUGAACAGUUCAUUAUUAGAAUAACUGAUCCAGGAGGAGGUUCCGUGGUUGGGCCACAGAAUAGGAUCACUGUCACUGUUCUCUCAAACGAUGAUGCUCAUGGUGUCGUUGAGUUUUCAGAGGAUUCCCUUGAUGUAAAAGUAGAGGAAAGAACCGUCCCAAACCAAGUGACCCUAACCGUUGUAAGAAGCAAGGGUACCUCUGGGCAUAUUAGCGUGCAAUGGAUGACAACAGGGGAGCACGAUGGAAUUGAAGACAUAUACCCGAUUGGAGGAAAGGUGGACUUCGCAGAUGGGCAGGAUAAAACUACUAUCACUAUCACUAUUGCACCCGAUCCUCGACCCGAAUUAGACGAGGUCACUCUAGUCACGCUAGUUGAUGUCAGUGUCCCAGGCAGUCCUGACAAACGGACACGAAUCGGGAAAAAUAAUGUAGCGAGGAUUACUGUUAUGGCUAAUGACUCGCCCCAUGGUGUCGUCUCCUGGGAGAAGACACGGGCAAACUUUGAUGAACCAUUGGGCCAAGGUUCAAAGGUCUCCCUAAAAGUCAUUCGUGAGCAAGGAACAAUGGGUACCAUUGUCAUAUCGUACAGUACUGCUCGUGCAUUGAACCAGCCAGAUUCUGCUCAAGCAAUAUCUGGACAGGACUAUAUAGCGACACAAGGUUCUAUUAGCAUGGAAGCUGGCAUGGGAGAAGCGGAUGUAGACCUCUUCCUUUUGCCAGAUGACCUACCAGAAGGUGAUGAGGUAUUUCUCGUCAACAUCACUGGAGUCAGUCUGGCAGGAGGGGUUUCCGUGGGUGGAGCAGUGCCCAGUGUAAAACGACCUGACGAUGAGACCAUGGCGGUGUCAAUCAAUGAAAACGACAAUGCAAGAGGCAUCAUACAGUUCAAUGUCACGAGGACGCCACUGGGUGUCGUGGAGGUGUAUGAAGGCAUCGGCUCAGUGCGGCUGGGACUGUCUCGUACUAAGGGCGCCUACAGGAAGGUGAGCGUAUCCUGGCAGGCGAUACCAGACAGCGCGUCGGCCGCCGACUUUAAACCUCUCAGUGGAGAGGUCAUCUUUGGACACCAGCAACGUCACGCGACCAUCGACAUACAGAUAGUUGACGACCCGCUCCCAGAGUACCACGAAUCAUUCAGUGUGCAACUUCUGGAGGCUAAGGGUGGUGCAGAGUUAGGCACGGAUAGAUAUGUUGUCAUCAACAUACUGAAGAAUGACUCACCAAAUGGCCUCUUUAGUUUCACUGAUACACAGAAAUCAGUUCUGGAAUCAGAGACGUUUGGCGAUCCCAACGGCAGGGUCCGGUUCGACGUGGUCCGCACACAAGGUGCUCAAGGAAGGGUACAUGUCACCUGGAAGCUGAGCUCUGAUGCUGUGUUUGACAUCCAGCCCAUGCAAGGAAACCUAACCUUUUUAGAGGGUGAGACAGUGAAAACAAUAUUUCUGGAAACGAUACCAGAUGACUACUUGGAAGGAGAAGAACAAUACACCAUCUCUCUGGUGGCUGCAGACAACAAUGCGGACAUCUCUCCUAAUCUUGGUGAUGCCAUGCUGGUCAUUCAGUCGGACCCAGGGGCGAGUGGCGUCAUAACCAUCCUGCCUGAGUAUCGCUAUGUGAGCAUCGGUGAACCGAGCGAAGACUAUGAUGGCACCACAGAAGUUGUAAUAAACAGAGGUGUGGGAAAAUUCGGCGCGGUGUCAGUUACUUGGCAACUUACUCCACGAGACGCUGAGUUUGCACAAACCUCAGGAACGAUUACCUUCAGAGACAUGCAGGAAAACGCUACUAUUGUAUUACAGGCUGUGGACGACAUGAAACCAGAGCUGAGGCACGAUUACGUGUUGGCUCUUGUUUCCGUCUCUGGCGGCGCAGUCAUCAGCACACGGCCUGGAAUGAACACGGCAACAGUAGCCAUGGCAGCGAGUGACUACCCUCACGGUCUCUUCCACUUCACAGAGCCACAGGUUGUUAGGGUGUCAGAAGAUGCCCCUCAGCUGAGCUUGCCUGUUGUAAGAAGCCUGGGUUCUGCAGGGCAAGUGUUAGUCCAGUACAGCACUGUGGCAGGGACGGCUGUGAGCGACCGGGACUUCCGGCAGAUUGCAGGAAGCUUGACGUUUGGACCGGGCGAUGACCGACAGAACAUCCUCAUUGCCAUCAGACAGGAUUUAGAGCCAGAGGGUGAUGAACAUUUUAAUGUUAGCUUGGCAUCAGUCAGGCUGAUAUCACCAGCGAGUAAUGACUAUGUAAAGGGCUCUCAUGGUUAUAGCCUUGACAUGAGCCCUGACCUUGGGACAUUGGUGAACAAGACAGUAAUUAUAGAGAAGAACGACAACGCCGAAGGAACUAUUGAGUUUGGUCCGUCAGCUGUCAACUUUUUAGUGAAAGAGGAAAGCAGCAUGGCUUAUGUGCCUGUCGUUCGCACACGUGGUACAUUUGGCAUUGUUAGCGCAAGUUACACAUCUAGACCAAUCACCGCUCUGUCCAAUGGCAUUGACUAUCUUUUGCCGGAUGGGGAGGUCGUGUUCCCUGAGGGAGUUGGACUUGCUACCAUUAAUGUCACAAUUGUGGAUGACAGUGCUAGGGAGGUGGACGAAGCUUUUGAGAUAAUGUUAACUAGAGUGCAUGGUGGUGCGAAGCUUGGUGAUCUGCGUGUUGCUACGGUUACAAUCACACAGAGUGACUUUCCCUAUGGUAAGAUUGGCUUCACUGGAUCGACAGCUAUCACCAUUCCUAACCCAGACUCUGCGAGAACUCUGGACUUCACCAUACAGAGAACAGAAGGGCUAACUGGCAGGCAAACGGUGCGUUGGCACUUACUCGGUCCAAAUGGAGACUGGCCUACUGAUAGCACUGACGAUAUCAGCUAUAGAAACUCGAUUCCACGUGGGGUUGUUACAUUUAAUGAUGGUGACAUGGGGUCAGAGAACAUUGCACUUGUUGUGAAUCCGUACAGAGGUCCCGAAAUAGAAAAGGUUUACAAUUUGGUGAUCGACGACAUUAGAGGUAGACCCGGGUCAGCAGAGGUCAGUCCUACUGCUGGAAAUGUCACCUUGAAGAUUUUGAAGCAUGGAGAUCCAAAUGGAAUUGUGAAGUUUGUAGGCUCUGCUCUGCAGUCAGUUGUGUUAGAUGAGCCAUCUAGAGAUGCACCUCCCCUGAUGCUGACCUUCCCUAUUAGCCGGAGUGAGGGCACAGUAGGAAGCAUCGAGGUUCACUGGGAGGUUAAAGGUCCCAAGGAUGCUGUUGCUGACAUUGAGCCGUACUCCGGAGUAGCCGUUAUUCCCGACUCGGAGCGAAAUGGGCAGAUUGUCGUUCGCGUCCUGCCGGAGAAUGAACCCGAGUUAACAGAGAACUUCAUGGUCGUUCUCUCGGGUGUCAAGGGCGGUGCGGAGAUUGCACGCUCAGACAAUUCGAGCUCCUUCACCAUAAAGGCGAACGAUGACCCCCAUGGAGUCUUCAGUAUCUCGCCAGAUUCUCAGACAGUGAUUGUCACUCACGAAAUGAAUAGACAAGUGCAGCUGAACAUCACGCGAGAGGGCGGUGCCUAUGGCCCCGUAAGAGUGGCAUACGACAUCAACUACGAACAGGGCGAGGAUGGAGUGCGAUACGUCCCAACCUCUGGGUCAGUCUCCUUCAGAGAUGGCCAGAAUCAAGCUGCUGAACACAUUGACGUUGCACCUGGUGUUAGACUUGAUCUCGACUCUUACUUUAUCGUGACACUGACUGCAGUUACCUAUCUAGGAAGCCAUCAGGCACUGCCUCCGAGAUUGAAUCAGGGGUCCACUUCCGCUAGAAUCUACAUUCCACAGGAGGCUGCCAACAGUCAAGUGGGUUUUCUGCAUAAUGUGGUCACUGUAAAUGAAGUUACUAAUGAAGCAAGAUUCACUAUCUACCGGUGGGGUUCAUAUGGGGAAGUUGAGAUCACGUGGCUGUCGGGAUUACCAAAGAACAUGAUGCCAGGGGGCUUUCUACCAGGAAUCAUCUCACCACAGUCGGACCAAGUGACCUUGUACAACGGUGAAUCCAGCAGGAAUGUUUCAGCCAUGCUGUUGCCAAAGGAUUCAGUAGCAGAAUUGUUUGCGGCACAAAUAGUUUCUGUUAAUGCAAGAACUGGAGGAACAGCCACAGUCAAACUUGACAUGAACACUGUUAAGGUUGAUCCUCAUGGUGUCAUCCAAUUUGCCCCUCCAUCACGCAUACUCAGUGCGUCUGAGAGCUUUGGAGAAGUCAAACUGGAUAUCAUGAGAGCAUAUGGCUCUGAAGGGAAGGUGCGUCUGUCAUAUCAAACCUGGGCACUCACAGCUAUGCCAGACCGAGACUACACAAGUGUUGUUAAUGGUGCUCUUGUCAUGGACUCUGCUGUGACCUCUGCAACUAUAGUCAUCAACAUCAUUUCUGACACAGAACCCGAAACCAACGAAGAAUUUUUUGUGAACAUCACUGGAGUAGAAAUCCUACCAACAGUGCUUACACGAGGAGUAUCACCUAGACUUAGUGAUCUAUACUCUGUUGCCCUGGUAACCAUCUUAGGAAGCAAUGAUCCGUAUGGAAUCAUCAGCUUCCGCACACCUGACAUCAGCGUGCGCGAGUCAAAUGACGGUUCUACUCGUAAAGCAUUGCUGCAGAUCGAGCGAACUGGUGGGUCACAUGGUAAAGUUGCAGUUACUGUACGCACCAUCGGUGGUGGCGAACUGUGGGAGAAAUCUAUAACUCCUCAGCCAGGCAAUUCCACGGACAACAUCGCCCAGGCUCUGGCUGCUAUCACUGGGCCUAGAGCAACUGCUGGCGACCAAUUUGACUAUUUACCUCUCACACAGACAGUAACAUUUGAGGAGGGUGAAAUCUUGCAGACUGUGAACGUGAUUAUAUUGGAUGAUCCAUUUCCGGAACCAGAUGAAAUGUUUUUUGUCUAUCUAUCUGGACCAACUGGUGGGGCUAGGAUAGCCACGGGUAGCCGGGAUGGCUGGAAAAAGGGGUAUGCUGUGGUUACCAUUGAGGCGAAUGAUCUGUGGAAUGGCCGCAUUGGCUUUGCGGCCAGCUCUAACAAGACACUACUAGACGAGGAUGGAGCAGGAGUAGUAACUCUCAACCUAACGCGAUACAAUGCCUUCUUUGGCAGAGCGACGGUGAACUGGAGAGCAAGUUACGGUGUUGAGCAAGACAUCGUGCAUGACAGCAGGUUGAGUGGUGAACUACUGAGUACAGCAGGGCAGGCUGUGUGUGAACCUGGGCAACAGACCUGCUCCUUCACUAUCGGCACUAAACAGGACAAGAAACCGGAGAAGGCUUGGUGGUUCUUGGUCGUGCUUGAUGCAGUAGGAGAGGGAGCGGAGUUGGAUCGGCAGAGGCAAUAUGCAAACAUCACCGUCAUGGAGAACGACUACCCAUUCGGCCUUGUACAGUUCAACGCAGUCUCACGGUUUGUGACGGUGAGUGACGACGUGCGGCGGGUGACGCUUGGCGUGGAGCGCACGCACGGUGACGAGCGAGGCUUCCAGGUCGGCUACACGACGCAGCGCACCUACGACGUGCAGCACGUCGCCGGCGUCAGCGUCUACCCCGCGCUGUCGGGAGCAGACUUCACCGCCGCUUCAGGCGUUCUCACCUUUGCUCCGGGAGAGCAGCUGAUAUCGUUUCCGAUCUACCUGACUCCGGAGCGCGCGUCCGCGAAUCCGCUCCCGAAAAUAUUCCAGGUGCGGCUUACGAAUCCAACAGACGGAGCAGAGCUAAAUAAGAUCUAUGCUGUCGCUAACAUCACGAUCGUGGGUGGCGCUGAGAAUAGCCGACUGUGGGCGAUACGCGCACAGAUGGCGGGAAAUCUCGGCGACGAUCUAAUCACAAGGCUAUUAGAUGAAGUUGGUGUAGAACUGCAGAGAACGUUGCCAAGCACUGGUCUCUCACUCGUAGAGGACAUAAUCGAGUCUGUGCUCACGGAGGGGCUUGACAGACCACUUCCGUUCGGUGCGAGGAGGAACCUGUUUAAUAUCUUCUGCCUGCUCAUGGAUCCAACACGACAUGACACGAGAGGUCACUACGAGCUAGCGGCACUCUACGAGAAAUUUGCUUACACAAUGCUUACGGGGCAAAACUGUGAUGGCGUAUGGAAGCAGUUGUCUGUGUAUACCGAUUGCCCACACACUCGAAUAACUGCCUACCGGCAGCUGUCUCAGAACAUUCCUGGACAUACAUUCACUGCCACAAAUGGAGACUCGCUGAGGCUUCCAGAGGACUAUCAGUACAGUACAGACACCUCUGUCUGCAAGGACCUACACUUUAUAGAGUACAGCAGUCAGCAGUGGUUCCCGAUAGAGCGGGAUGUAAAACCAAUCGUUGACAGCAGAAUCUUAUCAGUGGGAAUUAGAGACGAACCUUCAAGAUAUGUAUCAUCACCAGUGUUGUAUACAAUAUACACAAAUGCUGGACUUGAUGGCAGGUGUGUGUACUUCAGUGAGAGCGCAGUAAGGUGGACUGGUUCAGAAUCCGGAGGGCUAUGCGAAGUCAUUGAAAGUAACUCUCGGCAUGUUCAGUGUGCAUGCAGGCAUUUAUCCAGUUAUGGUGUGCUGCCAAGUGGGGAAGCCACCACCAGCGUGCCAGUGCCAGCAGCAGAGCCGCAGCCUCGAUAUGGAGCCAUGUUUAACAUCUGGUUCUUUGUCUCCUGCUUUGUUGCCAUGCUUGGCCUAUUCUCGGCAAUCUUCGCCCACCAUGUCUGCUCGAUCUAUUCAAGAUUCACAGCCAGCCUCCUGAUGCACAUGUGCUUUGCCUGUCUUGCAACUGAGGUGGUUUACGUGAUCAACGCUUACAUGUCUGCGGACAUCUUGGCUGACAAGGCAAACAAUUCCUGCAUCUCUAUGGGAAUAUUUCUUCACUAUUUCUUUGUUGCACAAUUCACCUGGAUGGUUGCACAGGCUUUCAACUUAUGGAAAACACUUGUGAUGAACGACGAACACACUGAACGCAAGUACGUGCUGUUCUUCCUGAUUGGAUGGGGAACACCUGCUGUCAUUGUCGCGAUCUUCUACGCAGUAGCCUUCAACCUGUAUCGAUACGUGUUCUCCAUGGACCCAACCUACAUAUAUGGCGACGUACACCAAAAUCAUAAUAUAUGCUUCAUAAUGAAUGUGUACUCGGCUCUGGCUAGUGUGAUAGCACCGUGGCUGCUGCUCCUUGUAUACGUUGUUGCCGUGUUUGUGCAAGCCUAUCAGGUGUUGCCUCAGUGGCACAGCUACGAUGAUAUCUACAGAGGCCGCUACAACUAUCACGAGGUACGCGCCAUGCUGAUAUUCUGGGGCCUGAUUGUGGUGACGUGGAUCUGGGGGUCUCUGCAUUUAGCCUAUGGAUACCUUUGGCUGCUUGUCCUCUUCUGUAUUUUCAACAUAGUUAUGGGUGUGUAUGCACUGGUCGUGUAUGCAGCACUGCGGCACCCAUGCCUACCAUGCUUCAGACCAGUAAAAGAAGGUAGCUAUGGUGUGGCAUCGCACCCACCAACCAUCUCUGCUAGUGUUAAACCACCACCAGUGCAUGAGGUACCAUGGGAAAGUGUCAUGCAGCAGACGACACCAAAAAGUACAAUGCAGGUCAAGCGCACUCCGGCGCCCCCAAACAACGUAUUUAUUCUCCCACCAAAUAUGAAUGCAGAGGAGAACGAGACCUCGGACUUUGAUGACCUCAUUUUUGCGCUGAAGACCGGUGGUCAGUUUUUGCCGGAGAGGGCUGAUACGUUGAAGAAGAACAGAAUGGAGACACAUGUGAAGCCGGACACACGUUCUGACAUGUACGGUGGAGCGAGGCGGAUACCGAUCGCAGAUACCCACCUGUAAACUGUGCUUGCCACUUUCGCUGUGUACUGUCGUUAUGUGGACAACAGUAUGUCCCAGCUUUGUCUGCUGACCACAGUGAGACUGUAUCUCCCUUGUGGUUAUAACAUCAUUUUGAAUGUACGCAUGCGUUUGUGUGCAUGUAAACAAACUGUUAAGUCACUGCCUGACAUAAAUGUUGUACUGCCAGUUGUUUGUGAUGCGCAACGACGUUGGUCGGUUCGGAAAAUGUUAUACCUUACCAACUGUGUUCAGUUGUUUCAACUGAAUCUGUGCAGCCAGCCGUAUUGUUGCGUUACUGGAUUAUUCAUAUACUUGUAAUGCUUUCAGGGAUCGUAACCAAUUUAGGAGUAUGGUGGUUACUUUUUUAUAGUUUACAGAUUUAUUUCUCUGGUUUUGUCUUUGAGCGAUUGAUUGUGAGCGUGACGUGCAGUCCUUUUGUAUUCCUCAAAUGUAUAUUAGUACUCUAGUAUUCAUGUAAUUAACUUGAGUACAGUUGUUGGGACAGGGUUGCACAUGAAAUGACGUCUACUUUUAAAGUUUAUUCAUGUCGUAUUGCUCUUUAAUCAACACGAGAGUUUCUAUUGUGAUCAAACAUGGAUACUGCUGUUGCUGUCGAUACAGCACAUACAAACUAGAGGUUCUGAAAGGUUAAAUUAAUCCACAGUCAGUUUUGGUAUGUACGUGAUCUCCGCUCUAAAAGGAUACUGAACGGUCGUUUACAAAUCUGCCAAAUUAAGUAUUAAUUGUAUUUUACUUAUCACUAUUAUAGUUCAACUAUUAUCAACUAUUCCUUUCAUUACAUAUGUUUAUUUCUAAUUUUUUACAUGUUAUGUGAUUUGGUUAAAAAUCAUCACUUGCUUAAAGAAUUGCUAAAUGUGUAUGCAUGGUAAAUGUUUCAUUGGUUGCAAAACCAUAGAACAAGUUUUGUGCGAUAUUUACUUUCAUAUACAUUUUGAAAUUGUAUCUCUACAAAGUCUUUUCGCGUUUUCAACAUAUUUCAUCUGAGUUUCAACACGAGUAUUGUUUAUUAAUUUUAAUUUCUCAUAUAUAUCAUAAAUACAUAGUUUAACAUGUACUAUGCAUAGUAAAAUUAGGCUUUCAUUGUCGUAAUGGUUUAUUACAUUUUCAUCCAAUAUUACUUUGCCAGUCUUGGUUCUAGUCAAUAAUACUAUUUAUUAAGUUCUAUAUUAUUACCAUAUUAAAUGUAUUUUAUUGUUAAUUUGCAUUACAAGUCCGUAAUGCUAUGUGACAUAUGGAUUUAAUAGAUAAUCGUAUACACAUAAUGAUUUUGUCAUAACGGGGAUUUUGUCACGAUGUACCAAAAUAUAUAUAUAUAUGGGCGAUAAUUGUAUCAUAAUUUAUUAUCGUAUUUUGAAACUGCUUGUACUAAAAAAAAUCAGUAUUCCCAGAUAACCACAUUUCAUAUUGUACCGUUUUAUGCUAUUCCUUUUUAAAGGUUAUAUGAUGAUCAUGAUCACUCUUAUUCAUGAGUGCAAAGGAGCAUUUUAAUUUGUAGUAUUAUCUGGAAUGCAUGUGUACUUAUGUACUUAUAUAGAAAUAUUGUGUUUAUGUGUAUUCUCGAGGAAACAUUACGUGGAUAACUUUCAAUAAAAUCCGUCCCGAGUUAAGAUAAUCGUUAACUGCUUACACGUUUAAGGCAUGCAGCAGUUACUGCCAGGAUGCGCUGUUUUAACAUAGAUAUAUAUUUGUGUGUGUGUCUGUGUGUGUGUCUGUCUGUUUGAUUCAAGCACAGUAAUACAUGUGAUUGACAUGAAAAUAUCUGCACACCAGAAAAUGGUUAGAAUAGUCAUAUAGGCUACAUGCGUUAUACUCACAGUUGUGGUAAAGUAUAGUGUAAAGACUGUGUGCUUUUUAAAUUGUAGCGUAAAAAGCCGUGAAAUAUCCGUGUUUAAAACAUG